UGUGUGUGUGUGUGUGUGUGUGUGUGUGUUUGCGUUCACCUCUGCAUCUGCCCCUGUCAUCUACUGCACACUGAACUCAAGGACUCGACUAGCAGCCCGAAUUGUCUUUUCAUUCAAAGUGUCCGCAUAAAGACAAUGAGGAGAAGCUUGCUGAAAACUGAUUGUCUUUUACAGAUGGAACAGGAAUAUUGUUAGAGAUUUAGAUCUAAACUCAGGCUGGGUGGCUUAGAGAUAUCUCGGAUUGUUUUUGUGCACAUCUGAGGAGUUUUUGAAGGUGUCCGUCAUGAAUCCCAUGUGGAAAGUCUAUAAGAGUAAAGUCAUGAAGACCCUCAACCCGGAUCUGGACGAGGAACCGGUGGAAGAGGUCAGUGAUGCGGCUGAAGAUAUAAUACCUAUCCAGACUGAUGAAGGACCCAAUGCAAUGACACAGCUGGCCAAGAGAAUGCAGGGAGCCGGAGCCAAAGGUUGGAAAAGUGUUUCGUCUCUAUUCACCCAGGAUGAUGAACACCAACUUCUGGAGGCAGAGACCCAGCCGGCAGCAGAUCAUCCAUUGGCAGUGAAGCCGGAGGAGCCUCCACGACCCAACAAGCGAAACACUGGAUUCUGGGAUAACUUUUCCACUAAGUGGCAGCAGGCAGCUGCGAUGAAGCAGGCGGAGGCCGAGGAGGCAGGAGGAGACGGCAGACAGGAGGAGGAGGAGGAGGAGAGCGGGGCGAGAGCUGAAGACGUCGAACACCAGGCCGGGCAGGAGGGAGAGGAGGAGGAGGAGGGAGAUGGAGGCGCGGGGAACAGCUUCUCCAAGUACAGCACACUCGCAGGAGGGAGUGAAGACACACCGGCCUUCAAGUGGAACUUUGUCACCAGCAAACUGGCUGAGCUGAAGACCAAAAGCAUGGCCAAAAGCAACUAGCCAACAGUGGUAGAGAACUAGAGAAGGGUUAUCACAGUUCAGACCUCAGGGGCCACAGUGCUUCAUAUGAGCCUUAUCGCACAGAUGUGAUCGCAUUUCACCCGUUUAAAAGCAGCGACCGUGACCGACACUGUGGCCUCCUCUGGCCUGGACUGGUUGGCAUUCGUGUGGGAACUGCCGGUUACGGGAAACUCGCACAAACGUCUGUUAUUAAAGGUGAUGUGUGUCAUUUUUUGUG